GAAGCAUUUUGACAAACACUUGAGUGCAGCAGAAGCGUCUAUGGAUCCACAUGUUGUUAGUUUCUUGUAAUUAGUUUCCUCAGACAGAUAGUAUUAUCUAAUGUGUUUGUUUUUGCAUAAGCUAUUUGAAUAUUUUAUGCUUACAAGAUUAUUAAACUGCCAUAUGUUUAUGUCGUCUGUGUUUGUUUUCUCUUUCAACUUGGCAGCUUAAAUUAAUUAAGAAUCUUUAACAAGCACCUAAUCCAUAAUGUACUGCAGUUCUAAAAUAGACUGCAAGUUGACUUCACAAUAUCAUUAUUUAGCUAGCAUGGUUCAGUUCAUUCUCAGUAUUACUCGUUCGAUUUCUGCUAUUGCUAUGGAGCACUACAAUCAUUGGCUAGUAGUUUUAAUUUGGGUUCUGCCUGUACUCGUUAUACUCACCAUAAUCACUAUCAUCAUCCGUUCAAUUUUAACUAGGGACAGACCUUGUGUGGAUCCCCCAAGUAAUCCAUUUGCUGCGCCUUCUUCCACUUCUUCAUCCCCACCUGGCAGCUGGGAUGUGUUUCUAAGCUUUCAUGGUGGAGACACUCGGGGAAGCUUCACGGCUCAUCUCUACAAAGCUCUACAUGAUGCAGGAGUCAGAACCUUCAUGGAUGAGCCUGAACUCCGGACGGGUGAAGAGAUUUCAGCAGGACUCUUUAACGCAAUUCAUGGUUCAAAGAUGUGCGUGGUUGUUCUUUCGGAGAAUUUCGCAUAUUCUAAAUGGUGCCUUAAGGAGCUCGUAGAGAUCAUUAGUUGCCAGAGAACCAAAGGUCUGGUGGUCGUUCCUGUAUUUUACUAUGUUGAUCCAUCAGAUGUUCGACACCGGAGGAAGGGAUUUAUGGAAGGUCUGCGUAGUCAAAAGAACGCUGGCUCUGUUGAAAUGGUACAGAAGUGGGAAACUGCUCUUGCUGCAGUUGGACGGAUAAAAGGACACCAUCUGCAAAAACAUGCAAAUGAAAAUGAAGCAGAUGUCGUUCAAAAAAUUAUGAAUGUGGCACUACUGCAAGCAUCCAUGAAAGUACAUGGCGAGGAACAUCUGUUUGGGGUAGAUUCUGUUAUAGAAGAGAUAUAUAAGAAACUACAAAUGGAGUUGAACGAGGUCCGCGUUAUUGGAAUAUGUGGGAUGGGCGGCAUUGGAAAAACCACAAUUGCAAAAGCUUUCUACAACAAUUAUUUCAACAAGUUCGUUAUCAGUUGCUUUAUUGAAAAUGUUAAACAAAAGUCACAAGGGGCUGAUCCUCUAGUUUGGCUACUUGAGCAGCUCUUGGUUAAGCUUCUCAGAAAGAACGAUUUCAAGGUCACUGAUGUUGGAAGUGGAAUAAGACUAUUAAAAGAAAUUCUUUGUUUUAAUAAAGCUCUCAUUGUUCUGGAUGAUUUGGACCAGUCAAUCCCUUCCGAUCUGCAGAUAAAGCUCUGCAACCUGGCUUCUCCAGGAAGUAGGAUUAUUUUUACGACAAGAGAUGCAAAUUUGCUAAAUCAACUGAAGGAAGAUAUUCCAGAAGUAGAUAUAUACACGGUGAAAAAAUUGGGACAAAAUGAUUCAUUAGAGCUCUUUAGCUAUCACACCUUUAGGAAAUCGAUGCCACCUGAGAUGUUUAGAGAGCUCUCCGCAGAGUUUGUAACUUAUGCAGGAGGUCUUCCCUUGGCUCUAAAGAUGUUAGGCUCAUCUUUGCGUGGUAGAAAUCAUGUGUCAUUUUGGGAAGCUAUGCUUAUCAAGGUUCAGAAAAUUCCAAUGGACCAGAUACAAGAAAUCCUUCAACUAAGCUAUGAUGAAUUGGAUGAGACGGAGAAAGCAAUUUUCCUAGAUAUUGUCUUCUUCUUUGUUGGAAAUGACAAAGACGAUGCUGUUUAUGCAUUUAAAUCCUGUGAUUUUUAUCCUGACCUUGGAAUACCAGUUCUAGAAGAGAGAUGUCUAAUCACAGUUGAUGAGUGUAACAGAUUACAGAUGCAUAAUCUUAUCCAAGACAUGGGAAGGAAAGUUGCUCGCAAAGAAUUUAAUCAAGGGAAUGGCAGAUACUUGCGCUUGUAUCAAGAGAAUGCAUGCGAGCGGUUGCAAAAUCUAGAGGGAGCAGAUCAUAUCGAACUUCUGUUACUCGACUUAACCAGAUCCAAAGCAAGACAAUUGACUACCAAAAUAUUUAGAAAGCUGUGCAAGUUGAGAUUACUUGAAAUAAUUGAUCCACAUAACAUCCUCUCGGGAGAUUUGAAAAAUUCAUGUCCGGAGUUGAGGUACAUGCGGUGGUCCCAUUCCCCAUGGACAAGUGUUAAUGCGAAAUUUCGUUCACAAAGACUUGUCUGUCUUGACAUGUCAUACAAUCGACUUGAUUCAUCAUGGAAGCCACCUGCUAGCUUGAAGAGUCUAAAUAUGAGUUACUCAAAGCUAAAAAGCAUCCCUAACUUGAGUGAAUUGAAAGUGCUUGAGAGGUUAUUGCUGCAAGGUUGUCAAAACCUAUCUAAAGUACCCUCAACUAUUAGCCAGUUGAGUAAAUUGGGUCAUUUAGAUAUGGGUAGCUGCCGCCUGUUGAGAGAAUUGCCGGAGUCAAUUGGCCAGUUGACUCUAUUGAGACUAUUUAAUUUAAGUCAUUGUGUCAAUCUGAAUCAGUUGCCCGAGACUAUCACGCAAUUGACUCGUUUGAACCAUUUAAAACUGGAGUGUUGCUACAAUCUGAAACGGUUGCCAGAGCGAAUAGGUAAUAUGCAAGGCUUAAUAACGUUUCAUGCACGUUGGAGUGGAAUUGAACAAUUGCCAGAUUCAUUCGGAGAGCUUAUUAAUUUAGUCCAUCUGAAUUUGUUUUGGUGCAAAAACCUAACUGCUCUUCCAGAUAGCAUAUGUAAGCUGAUGUUCCUCAAAGAACUCAAUCUGGGAGGCAGCCAUAAGCUGAAGCGAUUGCCUGAGGAAUUGGGGAAGAUGCAAUCCUUAGAACGUCUUUAUGCCGGCUGUGAAGAAAUUAACGAAUUACCAGAUUCUAUUGGUGAACUGAGUAGCUUACAAGUGUUGAACUUGAGUGCGUGUCGUAAUCUUAGAUAUCUGCCCGGUCACUUUCUAGUUUACACUUUCCCACAUCGUAUGGAGAAAUAAUUGAUUUGCCUGAGAGGCUGAAGAGUACGAGAUUGGAAAGUCUAGACCUAUGUUGUAAUAUAAGGUUAUGGCUACCUACGAUUCAAAGUAUCCCUUCUUUGAAGGAGCUAAGCAUCACUGAUGAGAGCCAGAGUUUUUCAACGGAGCCGUUGAGUCUUCUUAAGCUGUCUAACCUACAUGGUCUUAUAUUGCGUAACCAUUCAGGGUGUGGGCCCUCAUUUUACGAAUUUCCUCUGAGUCUACAACAGUUGCGGGUAUAUGACAAUGCGACAUUGGAACAGCUACCCGAUUUAUCCAGAUUAAAAUGCUUAUUGAGAGUGAUUAUAAGUGCAUGCAUCAGCCUUCGAUCUCUCCCUCCACUUCCUCCUCAUCUUCAAUCACUCAAGGUAGAUGGAUGCACAAAGCUGCAAGAAGUACCAGAUCUGUCAAUGUUGAAGGAAUUAGAAGAGCUAAGUUUUGUUAAGUGCAGCAACCUGAAAUCAAUCAGUUUGAAAGAGAGUACCCUUCAGGUUUUGUUGGUGUCUCUAACGAUAUCUCUGUUAAUUACACACAACCAUACAUCUAUAAAUAUAUUCACCAUCUUUUAAUGUUACAGGGAAGACGAUGGUUUUCAUUUAGAGCUAAUCUACCAAACAAGAUGAUUCCAGAAUGGUUUGAUUAUACAAGCAGUGAGUGCAAACUCUCUUUUCAGAUCUCACCAGCCUUGGGAGACAACUUCUUAGGUAUUGCAUUCUGGGUUGUCUAUAAAUGCCAAGAGAGAUGCGAUGAAUCUAACUUUAGUGCCCUUAUUACCAAUAAAACAAAGGCUACUAGAAAGGAUGUCGACAUUGAUGUAGCAGCGAAUAAUGGAGAUGAACUACGGUCAACAGUAAAAUACAUAAGGGCAAAGGACAUGUCAGUGGAAAGUGGUGAUCGAAUUACGGUUUCAAUUAAUAGGAUACUAUAUUUUUAUACGUGGGAUGAAGUUUGUUUUGUACGUAAAAGAGGAGUUCCGCCUGCAGAAGUAGAGGUAGAGAAGUGGGGGGCCCAUAUACUACACAAAACAGAUAUCACCAGAUUGUGAUUUGUACAAAUCCUUGUUAGUUGUAUAAGUCUAUUGAGAUUUUGUAUAUAACUUCUGUACAUAUAGUCAAAUAUUUGGUGUCCACAUGAAAGCGAUUUGCCUGUCAAUUGUAAGAGUUCCUUCUGGAGAAGUGGAGGUAGAGAAGUGGGGGGCCCAUAUACUGAAAAAAAAAAAGAUAACAGGAUUGUGAUUUGUACAAAUCCUUGCUUUGUAAAAGUUUAUUGAGAUUUUUGUAUA